AUGGGGAGGAGAGGGGAGGAAAGGAGAGGAGAGGAGAGGAGAGGAGAGGAGAGGAGAGGAGAGGAGAGGAGAGGAGAGGAGAGGAGAGGAGAGGAGAGGAGAGGAGAGGAGAGGGGGGCAGACGUCAAAGGUGUAAAAAACCCUCCUCUCAUCCUACCAUAGAAGGGGAGGGAGGAGGGAAGCAAGGGAGCAGAUAAAAGAGGAGGAUAGUCAGAGGAGGUAUGGAGGGGAGGGAUGGGGAGGGAAAGUGCCAAACCCAGCUCAGCAGAAUUUGUCUACACUGUUUGGUCAGCUUGUCAAACAGAGGCCUCACCAACAGACCCUUUGAAAUUGUUUGAUUUUGUAGACCCCUAUGUAGAGAAUAGGGUACCAUUUGAGACGUAGCCUUAGUAUCAGUUUCUCCUCCACCCAGCCAGUCAGCCAGCUGGGAUAUAUUUUCUAUUGCUCUCCCCAUUGUGAACUUCUGUCUCUUCUAGAUUAGAACUGAUUGGAUUUAGGGAAUCUGCAUCAUUACAGUUAUUAGAUUAGUAGAGAGAGAAGAGGAGUUUGCAAACUCUGAGAUUGAAUUCAGGGAAAUUAAUGAAAUUGGGUGGUAGUGUGUGUGUGUCUGCCUGCCUGCGUGCAUGUGCACGAUUCUUGUGCCCCUCCUCAUGACUAUACAGUGGGAGAAAAAAGUAUUUAGUCAGCCACCAAUUGUGCAAGUUCUCCCACUUAAAAAGAUGAGAGAGGCCUGUAAUUUUCAUCAUAGGUACACGUCAACUAUGACAGACAAAAUGAGAAAAAAAAUCCAGAAAAUCACAUUGUAGGAUUUUUAAUGAAUUUAUUUGCAAAUUAUGGUGGAAAAUAUGUAUUUGGUCAAUAACAAAAGUUUCUCAAUACUUUGUUGUAUACCCUUUGUUGGCAAUGACACAGGUCAAACGUUUUCUGUAAGUCUUCACAAGGUUUUCACACACUGUUGCUGGUAUUUUGGCCCAUUCCUCCAUGCAGAUCUCCUCUAGAGCAGUGAUGUUUUGGGGCUGUCGCUGGGCAACACAGACUUUCAACUCCUUCCAAAGAUUUUCUAUGGGGUUGAGAUCUGGAGACUGGCUAGGCCACUCCAGGACCUUGAAAUGCUUCUUACGAAGCCACUCCUUCGUUGCCCGGGCGGUGUGUUUGGGAUCAUUGUCAUGCUGAAAGACCCAGCCACGUUUCAUCUUCAAUGCCCUUGCUGAUGGAAAGAGGUUUUCACUCAAAAUCUCACGAUACAUGGCCCCAUUCAUUCUUUCCUUUACACGGAUCAGUCGUCCUGGUCCCUUUGCAGAAAAACAGCCCCAAAGCAUGAUGUUUCCAACCCCAUGCUUCACAGUAGGUAUGGUGUUCUUUGGAUGCAACUCAGCAUUCUUUGUCCUCCAAACACGACGAGUUGAGUUUUUACCAAAAAGUUCUAUUUUGGUUUCAUCUGACCAUAUGACAUUCUCCCAAUCCUCUUCUGGAUCAUCCAAAUGCACUCUAGCAAACUUCAGACGGGCCUGGACAUGUACUGGCUUAAGCAGGGGGACACGUCUGGCACUGCAGGAUUUGAGUCCCUGGCGGCGUAGUGUGUUACUGAUGGUAGGCUUUGUUACUUUGGUCCCAGCUCUCUGCAGGUCAUUGUGAAUUGAUUGCCCCCCAUUUAUCCUCAGAGUUCGUACUGCUUGGUGACCUAAAUUGGGAUAUGCUUAACACCCCGGCCAUCCUACAAUCCAAACUAGAUGCCCUCAAUCUCACACAAAUUAUCAACGAACCUACCAGGUACAACCCUAAAUCCGUAAACAUGCGUACCCUCAUAGAUAUCAUCCUGACUAACUUACCCUCUAAAUACACCUCCGCUGUCUUCAACCAGGAUCUCAGCGAUCACUGCCUUAUUGCCUGCGUCCGUAACGGGUCCGCGGUCAAGCGACCACCCCUCAUCACUGUCAAACGCUCCCUAAAACACUUUAGCGAGCAGGCCUUCCUAAUUGACCUGGCCCAGGUAUCCUGGAUGGAUAUAGAUCUCAUUCCGUCAGUAGAGGAUGCCUGGUUGUUCUUUAAAAGUAAUUUCCUCUCAAUCUUAAAUAAACAUGCCCCAUUUAAAAAAAACAGAACUAAGAACAGAUAUAGCCCCUGGUUCUCCUCAGACUUGACUGCCCUUGACCAGCACAAAAACAUCCUGUGGCGUACUGCAUUAGCAUCAAAUAGCCCCCGUGAUAUGCAACUUUUCAGGGUUCAAGUUAGGAACCAAUAUACACAAGCAGUCAAGAAAGCAAAGGCUAACUUUUUCAAACAGAAAUUUGCAUCCUGUAGCACUAACUCCAAAAAGUGUUGGGACACUGUAAAGUCCAUGGAGAAUAAGAGCACUUCCUCCCAGCUGCCCACUGCACUGAGGCUAGGAAACACUAUCACCACCGAUAAAUCUACAAUAAUCGAGAAUUUCAACAAGCAUUUUGCUACGGCUGGCCAUGCUUUCCACCUGGCUACCACUACCCCGGCCACCAACUCUGCACCCUUGCAACUUGCCCAUGCCCCCCCCCGCUUCUCCUUCACACAAAUUCAGACAGCUGAUGUUCUGAAAGAGCUGCAAAAUCUGGACCCCUACAAAUCAGCUGGGCUAGACAAUCUGGACCCUUUCUUUCUAAAACUAGCCGCAGAAAUUGUCGCAACCCCUAUUGCUAGCCUGUUCAACCUCUCUUUCGUAACGUCUGAGAUCCCCAGAGAUUGGAAAGCUGCCGCGGUCAUCCCCCUCUUCAAAGGGGGUGACACUCUAGAUCCAAACUGUUACAGACCUAUAUCCAUCCUGCCCUGCCUUUCGAAAGUAUUUGAAAGCCAAGUUAACAAACAGAUAACCAACCAUUUCGAAUCCCACCGUACCUUCUCCGCUAUGCAAUCCGGUUUCCGAGCUGGUCAUGGGUGCACUUCAGCCACGCUCAAGGUCCUAAACGAUAUUAUAACCGCGAUCGAUAAUAGACAGUACUGUGCAGCCGUCUUCAUCGACCUGGCCAAGGCUUUCGACUCUGUCAACCACCGCAUUCUUAUUGGCAGACUAAAUAGCCUUGGUUUCUCAAAUGACUGCCUCGCCUGGUUCACCAACUACUUCUCAGAUAGAGUUCAAUGUGUGAAAUCGGAGGGCCUGUUGUCUGGACCUAUGGCAGUCUCUAUGGGGGUGCCACGGGGUUCAAUUCUUGGGCCGACUCUUUUCUCCGUGUAUAUCAAUGAUGUCGCUCUUGCUGCUGGUGACUCUCAGAUCCACCUCUACGCAGACGACACCAUUUUGUAUACAUCUGGCCCUUCAUUGGACACUGUGUUAACAAACCUCCAAACGAGCUUCAAUGCCAUACAACACUCCUUCAGUAGCCUCCAACUGCUCUUAAACACUAGUAAAACUAAAUGCAUGCUCUUCAAUCGAACGCUGCUGGCACCCGCCCACCCGACUAGAAUCACCACUCUCGACGGGUCUGACCUAGAGUAUGUGGACAACUACAAAUACCUAGGUGUCUGGUUAGACUGUAAACUCUCCUUCCAGACUCACAUUAAGAAUCUCCAAUCCAAAGUUAAAUCUAGAAUCGGCUUCCUAUUUCGCAACAAAGCCUCCUUCACUCAUGCUGCCAAACAUGCCCUCGUAAAACUGACUAUCCUACCGAUCCUUGACUUCGGCGAUGUCAUUUACAAAAUAGCCUCCAACACUCUACUCAGCAAAUUGGAUGUAGUCUAUCACAGUGCCAUCCGUUUUGUCUCCAAAGCCCCAUACACUACCCACCACUGUGACCUGUACGCUCUUGUUGGCUGGUCCUCACUACAUGUUCGUCGUCAAACCCACUGGCUCCAGGCCAUCUAUAAAUCACUGCUAGGCAAAUCCCCGCCUUAUCUUAGCUCAUUGGUCACCAUAGCAGCACCCACCCGUAGUCUGCGCUCCAGCAGGUAUAUCUCACUGGUCAUUCCCAAAGCCAACACCUCCUUUGGCCGCCAUUCCUUCCAGUUCUCUGCUGCCAAUGACUGGAACGAAUUGCAAAAAUAUCUGAAGCUGGAGACUCGUAUCUCCCUCACUAACUUUAAGCAUCAGUUGUCAGAGCACCUUACCGAUCACUGCACAUGUACACAGCCCAUCUGAAAUUAGCCCACCCAACUACCUCAUCCCUAUAUUGUUAUUUAUUUUGCUCUUUUGCACCCCAGUAUCUCUAUUUGCACAUGAUCUCUUGCACAUCUAGCAUUCCAGUGUUAAUACUAAUUGUAAUUAUUUUGCACUAUAGCUUAUUUAUUGCCUUACCUCCAUAACUUGCUACAUUUGCACACACUGUAUCUAUAUUUUCUGUUGGAUUUUAUGACCCAUAUGUAACUCUGUGUUGUUGUUUUUAUCGCACUGCUUUGCUUUAUCUUGGACAGGUCGCAGUUGUAAAUGAGAACUUGUUCUCAACUGGCUUACCUGGUUAAAUAAAGGUGAAAUAAAAAAAAUAAAAAAUUCACUAGGUCCCUCCGUGUGGUUCUGGGAUUUUUGCUCACCGUUCUUGUGAUCAUUUUGACCCCACGGGGUGAGAUCUUGCGUGGAGCCCCAGAUCGAGGGAGAUUAUCAGUGGUCUUGUAUGUCUUCCAUUUCCUAAUAAUUGCUCCCACAGUUGAUUUCUUCAAACCAAGCUGCUUACCUAUUGCAGAUUCAGUCUUCCCAGCCUGGUGCAGGUCUACAAUUUUGUUUCUGGUGUCCUUUGACAGCUCUUUGGUCUUGGCCAUAGUGAAGUUUGGAGUGUGACUGUUUGAGGUUGUGGACAGGUGUCUUUUAUACUGAUAACAAGUUCAAACAGGUGCCAUUAAUACAGGUAACGAGUGGAGGACAGAGGAGCCUCUUAAAGAAGAAGUUACAGGUCUGUGAGAGCCAUAAAUCUUGCUUGUUUGUAGGUGACCAAAUACUUAUUUUCCACCAUAAUUUGCAAAUAAAUUCAUUAAAAAUCCUACAAUGUGAUUUUUCUGGAUUUCUUUUUCUCAAUUUGUCUGUCAUAGUUGACGUGUACCUAUGAUGAAAAUUACAGGCCUCUCUCAUCUUUUUAAGUGGGAGAACUUGCACAAUUGGUGGCUGACUAAAUACUUUUUUUCCCCACUGUAUGUGCGUAUUUGCCUGCCUGUGUCUGUUUAAAGAGUGUGCGUGUGUGAGUAUGUGUGUUUGUGUGUGAGUGUGUAUGUGUCUGUGUGUAACAAAAUGAGACUGGCCACAUGUAUGUAUCUAUGUAUCUAUGUGUGUAUCUAUGUAUGUAUAGUAUUAGUAGCCUCGAUGGUCCUAUGUACUGUAUGUAUGUAUGUAUAUAUGUAUGGUUUGUACGUAUGUAUGUAUGUAUGUAUGUACGCACGUAUGUAUGUAUAGUAUUAGUAGCCUCGAUGGUCCUACUGAUGGUAUUGAAUCGUACUUACGUUAAUGACCCGAAUGAGGACAUAUAGAAAAGGCAUUAGCAUGUAGAGGAAUCCGAUGUAAACAUGGAUUUCAAAUGCUAACCAAAUAGCCUGCAACACAUUUUUUCACCCCCUUGCAAACACAAAAUCUGGACCAUGGUAAUAUAUUUACUCAAACGAUGUUUGACAACAAAGUAUGUUCCACAUAAAGUAGAGUCCUGACAUUUUCAGCAGAUGCUCUUAUCCAGGGAUAAAUGCCUUGCUCAAGGGCACAUUGAUCAAUUAUUAAUCUAGUCGGCUGAAGGAUUCAAACCAGCAACCUCUUGGUUACUGGCCCAACACACUUAACCUCUAGGCUAACUGCCAGCCAUGGUGAUAUUCGUAGCUACUUAAGCUGAUAGCAAGGCAAUUGUCAUUGGGUUUUUGUAGACAUCCAAUUAUAAACCAGAUGAAAACUCAAUAGUGGAUAUGUAAUCCUAUGUUGAUUUUCCCUUUCUACAGUAUCCCUAUGGGUCUACUAAGUACAAGACGUGUAGUUGAGAUGUGUAUGUCUCCCAAGCCUAAUGCCAAGUAUCCUAUCAAUUCUGUCUCUAUGUGAUUCUCGGGUACAUGUAGGUAUUAGCAGCCUCUCUCAGUAGUGAGGGUCCUAUGUCAGUCCCUGUCCCCUAGAAUGUGUUGUUGAACAGUGAAUAGAUGUAUGUCUCCCAAGCCUGAUGCCAAAUAGCCUACACAUUUUGUCUCUGUGUUAGAGGGGUAGGUAGCAUCCUUUACCUCAGUAAUUGGGUUCCUCUACCUGUUCUGUCUCCACGGGUUGGUACUGUUAGCAGCCUCUGCCGCUAAUAGGGGUCCUUUGAUUGUGAGUGUCCCCUUGAAUGUUUUGUCGGACAGAACAGUGAACACAACUCUUACAUGGAAGGGUCUCUGUAUCUAUAUAUUGUAUGUAAUAUUAGGCCUUUUUCCAUCUCUAUCCAAGCAAGGCAAGGCUUCUCUGUUCCCCCAUGAACCCUCUAUUCUCCUCAUAGCCAUCCAGGCUACACAAUGACAGCUGCUGUCCUUCAAUUCCUCUUGACCUAUUUCCCCUUCUCUCUCCUCUUCAGGUCAGUCUAGUGGUCCCAGCAGACUCCCCUCCCACAACAAGAGAAAUACCUUUUAGAUAGAAGACACACGCAAGUGAAGACAGAGACACACACACACACGCACGCACACACGCACGCACGCACGCACACACACACACACACACACACACACUGGGUCAGUAGAUCAGGGAAGAUCAUCUUAGAGAAUACAAUAGGCUCACUCUCAGAAACACAAAAGAUUGGUUACCCCUCUCCUCUCCCUUUCACUCUCCUGGUCAAAAGUAGUGCACUAAAUAGGGAAUAGGGAGACAUUUGGGACAGAACCUUGGAUGUGAGUUGUUGCCUUGAGGGACUCUCUAACCACUAUGUGUAAUGCAAAUACCUAACUGGUGUGUGUGUGUGUGUGUGUGUGUGUGUGUGUGUGUGUGUGUGUGUGUGUGUGUGUGUGUGUGUGUGUGUGUGUGUGUGUGUGUGUGUGUGUGUGUGUGUGUGUGUGUGUGUGUGUGAGUGUGUAUGUGUGUGUAAUUGGGCUCCUCAGUCUUAAUGAAUAAUGUAUUUUUAACAAGAAUUAAGUCUUACCUUGAUCUUGGUAAUGUCAUGCAGGAAACACACAUUAUAUGCCAUUCAGAGAUGCUGGACCAAUCCUUAUUGGCAGUGUCUGACAUAGCAUUCCCUAUAUACUUGUGUGUGUGUGUGUGUGUGUGUGUGUGUGUGUGUGUGUGUGUGUGUGUGUGUGUGUGUGUGUGUGUGUGUGUGUGUGUGUGUGUGUGUGUGUGUGUGUGUGUGUGUGUGUGUGUGUGUGUGUGUGUGUGUGUGUGUGUGUGUGUGUGUGUGUGUGUGUGUGUGUGUCAACAUGAAUGGAUACUGUUUACUAAUGAAAUGUGCUUAGCUUGAAUUGCUCAGCGAGUUUGCUUCUAUGCAGAGUGGCAAAAGCUGUUCAUUCAGAAUGCACUGAAUAUGUAUUGUAUUGUACAAUGAAGAAGACCAUUUUAUAAAAUGGAGAAAAAUAGUGUUCACUUGAAACCAACAUCUUGAGUUAAAGUACACAAGGCGGCUCUCUCCCUUACAGCGAUGCGUAGGCGACCUUACAACGAAGCUAUGCCAGAGAGACAUGUCAGAGAAAUCGCCUUGAUAUGUAUCAUGGUAACCCUUUGUUGCUAUGCAGUUACGUAAUACAGCUGUUUAUAAAAUAUAAGGAAUGUGUAAAGACAAGAGAAAACAUUGAACACAGUGGUAAAUACUGCACAAUGUAUACAGUAAUUGCACUAGUACAAUAGUGUGUGUGUCUGUGAGUGUGUGUGCGUGUGUGUGUGUGUGUGCACGUGUGUGUGUGCAUUUGUGUGUUUAUGCUUCUGUGUGCGCAUUCAUGAGUGUGUGUGUGUAUACGUUUGUGUGUAUGCGUGUGUGUAUCUGUGUGUGUGUAUCUGUGUGUGUAUGCGUGUGUGUAUCUGUGUGUGUGUAUCUCUGUGUGUGUAUGCGUGUGUGUAUCUGUGUGUGUGCCAAGCAGCCAUCCUGUAUGGAUGAUGAACGACUAUCAGGGUUUACUGUUCAGGCGCUUAUAGAUUUCUUGUCUUUCACUUCAUUAAACAGUUUGAUCAAGGGUUUUCCAGCAGAGUUGGACUGCGUCCCAAAUGGCACCUUUCUCCCUAUUUAGUGCACUAUACUGUAUAGGGAAAAGACCAGAGAAGGAUGGGGUGAGGCUAGGUGAAUACAGUGUGGGGGAUUUGAAAAGAAGGGGGAGGGAGGGAGGGAGGAAGGAAGGAAGGAAGGGAGAGGCGAGAGAGGAGGAAGGAAGGAAGGAAGGAAGGAAGGAAGGAAGGAAGGAAGGAAGGAAGGAAGGAAGGAAGGAAGGAAGGAAGGAAGGAAGGAAGGAAGGAAGGAAGGAAGGAAGGAAGGAAGGAAGGAAGGAAGGAAGGAAGGAAGGAAGGGAGAGGCGAGAGAGGAGGGAGGAAGGAGAGGGAUACAAGCACUGGAGAUUUUAGCAUGUAAAUCUUGGUGGGGCAAACCCCCCUCAAAAAAUGGGGAUGUAUACCAGCAAAUCCACUACACUACACAACACUAAACAAUACAUUAACUGCACUAUAAUGGUGACAAACGGUGCCCACAUAAAGCUGUCCCAACAGCAGAGUCCCAACAGCAGUCCCAACACCUUCACCACUGCUACACCUGGCUAUCAGCGGAGCUGUGUCUGGCAGCGAAACAGUUCAUUCAGCCUCAUUUACUGCCUUUUAAAGAAACACAGGUGAUAUGGCUGACUUGCUUAAACAAAUGUGGUUUCUACUGACAAUUGAGAUGUAUAAACUAUGGCAUAAGGGGACGACAAGCGGAUAAGAGGCAAUCCAUAAUUUUGAUUAAGACAUUAACUUCUUAAGGAUCGGACCCUUUUUUUCCAUUUUCGCCUAAAAUGACAUACCCAAAUCUAACUGCCUGUAGCUCAGGACUUGAAGCAAGGAUAUGCAUAUUCUUGAUACCAUUUGAAAGGAAACACUUUGAAGUUUGUGAAAAUAUAACACAUUAGAUCUGGUAAAAGAUAAUACAAACAAAAAAACAUCCGUUUUCUAUUAAUUUUUUUGUUCCAUCAUCUUGCAAGAGAAAGGCCACAAUAUAAUAUUGCAAUUUAGAUUUUAGCCACAAGAUGGCAGCAGUGUGUGCACAAAGUUUCAGAUUGAUCCAGUGAAGCAUUGCAAUACUGGACUAUUUUGUAUGAAGUCUGCCCAAAUGUGCCGAAUUGGUCAAUUGAUACAUUUUUUUUUUUACAUUUUUAGUCAUUUAGCAGACGCUCUUAUCCAGAGCGACUUACAGUUAGUGAAUACAUUUUUUUUUUAUACUGGCCCCCCGUGGGAAUCGAACCCACAACCCUGGCAUUGCAAACGCCAUGCUCUAUCAACUGAGCUACAUCCCUGCCGGCCAUUCCCUCCCCUACCCUGGACGACUCUGGGCCAAUUGUGCACCGCCCAUGAGUCUCCCGGUCGCGGCCGGCUGCGACAGAGCCUGGAUUCGAACCAGGAUCUCUAGUGGCACAGUUGGCACUGCGAUGCAGUGCCUUAGACCACUGCGCCACUCAAGUACAUAACUAUACAGAACAUACAAAAAUGAUAUGGUAAUUCAAAAUGUACGUUUACACACUCCCAGGAAUGUCAUACAUGAUGGAUCAUUAGCAUAUACACUAACUUUCUCACAUCUAGAUGGCCGGGCGGGGUGGGUGUGGAGACAGAGACAGCAAGUGUUCAAACUGUAGAACCCAGUUCCUACAUUUGAAUAUAAAAAUAGAUUUUAUCAAAGAAAACUAUGCUACAUUUUAUCUUUGGGACCCUUAGGAUGAUAUAUUAGAGCAUAAUUACUGAAUGUAAGUACAUGAUUUACCUUCAGAGGUGAAUGUAUCAAACCAGUUGCCAUGAUAAUUUUUGUUGUUGUUGUGCACUCUCCUCAAACAAUAGCAUGGUAUUUUUUCACUGUGAUAGCUACUGUAAAUUCAACAGUGAAGUUCGAUUAACAAUAAUUUAAGCUUUCUGCCCAUACAAGACAUGUCUAUGUCCUGGACAGUUUGUUGUUACUUACAACAGUCAUGCUAAUCACAUUAGCGCACAUUAGCUCAACUGUCCCGUAUACGGGACACCGAUCCCGUAGAGGAUCAAUAUAACUAUUUGUUCAGCACUUUUGCAAUGUACAGCGACAGAAUUCAGAACAUGGGCCGUUCUUACAGUAUUCUCCCUGUACACCAAAUCAGAACCGAAGGAUAAAUAAAGGGGGCAUAUAUGCAGACAAUGAAAGCUCUUCCAAUAUUCAGUGAUUACAUUUCUCUAAAACAGGUUAUAGGCUACAUGUUCACCACUAAGUCAGAACAGUAGAAGAAAUUAAGAGGGGAAAUAGACCAAAUCAUUAGGGUGAGGCACAUGGGCUACUAACAGUUUACUACACAACAUACACUUAGUAUUACUUUCUUAGCUACAGUAUACUUAUCUCCCUGGCAUAUUACAUAAUUUAUGCAGCAGCAUACAAUACAUUUUUGGACUCACAUUGUUGUGCUGUGCUCACUUGAACAGGAAGGUGGCGCGGCGGUCCUUCGUGGGCAAAUUUUGUCAUCAAACUUUGUCAUCAAAGUCUGGCAUUCUCUGGAUUUAUUGUGCUUUCAAGACAACUGGGAACUCUGGUCGAACAAGGUUGAAUCAUGAUGACAUCAGUGAUCUUCAGGUUGUAGCUCUAGAAAGAGGCCCGAGUUCCCGACUUACAGUUCUGAGUUGGAUGACCGGAGCUCAUUUUUCCCGAGUUCCCAGUUGUCUUGAAUUCACUGAAGUCAGAUUUCCCAGUUUUGAGUUAACAGUUGUUUUGAGCGCGGCAGAAAUCUUGCUGAAUUGACAGCGAGGCCAAUGUUGAAUGUUUAUCAUUUUAAGCUUGGGUAAGAGACCCUUAAACCUAGACUUGGGACCACACACCCACUCCACUGAAAAAGCAGGCUAGUGAUUGCUUUGCAAUGCUUGCAGUUAGCCACUGAUUCCUUCCAAACCUCUCAUUGUUGAAUAUGUGAUUUCCAACUUGUUGUGUAAUGUUUAUGUCCAAUGGCCGAUGAGCACCGAUACGUUUUAUCUAUAAUUUCUCUUCAUUAUUUCUCUUCAUAUGACAAGGAUCAAAAAGGAUUUGCCAGUAGAUUGUCGACUUCAUUCAUGAUGAUGACUGCUAGCUAAGAUUUUGAAAGUAUGAUGUUGACAUGAUCAGUCCAAUCAACGCUACUGUAGAUAUAACGUGAUUUGACUUCAUUUUAUCUGUGGCCAAUGAGCCUUCUUGGAUGGGCACUUGUAAUGUAACUCUAUGGCAGCACCCAAGGGGCUUGAAUGUUCGAGCUCUACCCUUAAAUUUUGCAGUGAUGUAGUGUCCCCAUGAGUGACAGAACACAAUGCCAAAAUAACGUGCAAAACAGGCAACCCUAAAAAACAUUUUUUAGCUGCCCUACCUGACCUGAAUGACGGGUUGCCACAGGUACAAGAUACAGUUUUGUGGCCAUUCAUUUAUCAAGUAGAUCAAAGCAGUUUAGAGCACAGCAGUGUGUUUGGAGCAGUGACCCAUGGGAGAAUCUAAUCAGUCUCUCAUCUGGCCUAAAGGCACUAGCCACUCAACCACUCUUACGUCCUGCAGUGCUGUGUUGGAGGAAACAAAAUGAUGGCCAAAACGUAGCCUGACAGCCUAAACUAUUUUUUUAUUUUUAUGUCUGAACAUCGAUAAUUGAAAACAACAAUAACACAUUGAAAAAUAAGCUGACACCCUCUCUGUUAUAAUAACGUUACACUUAUGUGUUAUCAGGUACUCCGAACCAAAUAUUGAAAUGAAUGGAUCAAAACACACAGAGAUACAACAUGGUAUGUAUUAUGAUGUCCCAAACAGUGAACUACUAGACUAAUUAUCUCACUGGAGGAGGAAUUUAAUCCAAUCAAAUAACAACCAUAUAAUCUAAUACUACAGACCAGAUGAUGGGUUGCAUCCCAAAUGGCACCCUAUUCCCUAUAUAGUGCACUAUUUUUGACCAGGGCCCAUAGGGUGCCAUUUUGGAUGCGGACAAUAUGUUUGGAUUUUUCUGGCGAUCUAAUUAUCAAACCAGUUAUUUUUUAUUUGUCAUAACUUAGUGGGCCACUGCCACCAAAUCAAGAAAUUUGAUGUCUGAGUGCUUGAGUGUGGCGCCAUAAUGGAGAAAAGCAUCAAUGGAGAACUGUGUCAAAUGGAGUUACUGCAAGGAGAGAGAUAUAUUUGACCUACAGACAUUAAGAAAACAUCUAAUUUGUGAUGAAACACAUACAGUAUGUUCAUAAAUGUCUCGCAAAGGCAUGCAUAAAUGUAUUCCCACAAAUGCACACACGCACACUUGAGAUAUUGAUUAACAGUAUUUGUCAGAGCUUGUGCAAUGUAAGAACUAAAUUGUGAACAUACACAUAGCAAAUAACCAUGAAACUUGAAAUGGACACACACACACACAAACACAAUUCCAAAGUAUCUCCUAUUCACAUCCCAUUAUUUCCUAAAUAAUAUAAAGUGGUCUUGUUUUCCUUUGUGGCAUUGAAGUCGUAUUUAUUUAUACUCCUAAUUUAUGACUGCUCCUCUUACCCUCCUAUUUACUGGCCAAUAUCACCGUAUUGAGAUCAACAGGGCAAUGAUGAAUGUAGUGCAGACUAUCCCGACUAGCCGGGCUUCUGUGGAAUUUAAUCCAUUUCAACUCUGGCGGCGUUUGAAAUGGCACCUUAUUCCCUAUAUCGUGCACUACCUUUGACCACGGCCAAUAGGGCUUGGGUCAAAAGUGGUGCACCAUAUAAAAAAUAGGAUGUCAUUUGAGACGCAGCCUCUGUGAUUCCCUAAACUGUUCCUUUAAGGCCCAAGCAAUCCCCUGACCUGAGAAGGAAAUUGCUUUUCCUAUUUUGUGAACCUGACAAAGAAAGGAAUUCAAGUGCUCCCCAUGUCACACACAUUAAAGGUUCAUUUUGUGUAAAGGAAAGUGUGUGUGUGUGUGCGUGUGCGUGUGCGUGUGUGUGUGUAUAGGCUUGUGUGUGUGUGGACAGUAUCUAGGCAAUGUGACUGAGCUUCAUUCCUCCUGAGAUUCUUCCUUCAAAAUACAGCUUGUUUUUACCUACUGUAGUUGAAUGCAGUAUGUCGCUCUGGAUAAGAGUGUUUGCUAAAUUAUUAAAUUACUAAAAUGUCAAAUGUCCUCAGAGAAGUCAUCCUCCAGAGGCUAAGAACAUAACGCGAUUAUAUGGAAAGCAAGUGUUUCCCAGAUCUGCAGGGAUAAUCUUUUUUUUAUUGGUAAUGUAAUUCACACACAUGGAGAUGCAGACUUACUGUAUAAACACACACACACAAACACUCACACGCACACACACACUAGGCACGGCAGCAGAGUUGAGAUAGGGUGCAGAUCUGUUCUCAGUCUGGUGGUAUACUAUGGUGAUACUAGAUACAACAUGAAGCAUCAGCAGAAAAUAUGAGAACAAGAAUGAGGCUUCCCUAGUUGUGGGUCUGCUGGUUGUGGUUUAAGUUGUGGGUCUGCUUGUUGUGGUUUAAGUAGUGGGUCUGCUUGUUGUGGUUUAAGUAGUGGGUCUGCUUGUUGGGGUUUAAGCAGUGGGUCUGUUUGUUGGGGUUUAAGCAGUGGGUCUGCUUGUUGUGGUUUAAGUUGUGGAUAUGCUUGUUGUGGUUUAAGUAGUGGGUCUGCUUGUUGGGGUUUAAGUUGUGAUUCUGCUUAUUGUGGUUUAAGUAGUGAGUCUGCUUAUUGUGGUUUAAGUUGUGGGUUUGCUUGUUGUGGUUUAAGUUGUGGGUAUGCUUGUUGUGGUUUAAGUAGUGGGUCUGCUUGUUGUGGUUUAAGUAGUGGGUCUGCUUGUUGUGGUUUAAGUAGUGGGUCUGCUUGUUGUGGUUUAAGUAGUGGGUCUGUUUGUUGUGGUUUAAGUUGUGGGUCUACUCCAAAAUCAUAACAACAUGUUUUUUUACCAUCUCCUGCUGUUUUGCCCUUGAGCAUGGCACUGAACCCCUCAUAAUGGCUCUCUAUCCAGGGGCGCUACACUGCUGCUGACCCUGUGCCCGUCAACGUGUGUGUGUGUGUGUGUGUGUGUGGUGUGUGUGUGUAUGUGUAGUGUGUGGUCUGUGUGUGUGUGUGUGUGUGUGUGUGUGUGUGUGUGUGUGUGUGUGUGUGUGUGUGUGUGUGUGUGUGUGUGUGUGUGUGUGUAUCUAGGGGCGUCAGGAAAGUCAGAACACAAAUGUCCAUUCUAACAAUAAAGUUGUAUUUUAUAGUAUUCUAUUCUACACACACACACGUCCUACAAGCAUGAACACAUGCAGUAUGACACACACUAGGAGAUACUGUACCUGCCAAGUUGCUCCAUUAACAAGUGUACUACUGAAAGCAUCACUUUUUUUAAACCGCUGCUCAGGAACUGCCCUGCAAACAACGAGUCAUUAGGACGUCCCUGGGACGUCACGAAAUGGUCACCUAAAGUCGUCAGGACGUUGUGUCAUGGUCCCCUGGAGGUUUUGUCUAGUUCCCGGUUGGUCCCAGGGAUGUCCCUAGGGACGUUUUUAGGACGUUCUAGGGAUGACGUGUCAAGGUCCCCUGGAGGUUUUGUCUAGUUCCCGGUUGGGCCCGAGGACGUCCCUAAGGACAUUUUAAAGAUGUUUUUGGGAAAUUGUGUGAUGGUCCCGGUUUGUCCCAGGGAUAUCCCCGAGGACAUUUUUAGGACUUUCUUGGGGUGUUGUGUCAUGGUCCACUGAAGGUCCCAAGGGGAACGUUUUUGGGAUGUUGUGGCAUGGUCCCGUGGAGGUUUUUGUCUAGUUCCCAGUUUGCCCCGUGGAUGUCACCUGAUGGUCACAAAGAAACGUUCUACCCACCCCAAAUAUUUUCUUACCCAGGGCAUUCAUUUUUCAUUUUAGUCAUUUAGCAGAGGCUCUUAUCCAGAGCGCCUUACAGGAACAAUUAGGGUUAAGUGCCUUGCUCAAGGGCACAUCGGCAGAUUUUUCACCUAGUUACUUGUUACUGUUGCCCUGAUUGAUGAACCACUGAUCCAGUCAGAGCUAUUUUUCUUUUGGCAAUGCAUGGGACACCACACACAGCUUUUCAACUUAUAUAGUUCACACACGAUUACAUUAUCCAAACAUAAAUUAUUAAGAAACGUCCUCAUCUGGGAUUUGAACUCACAACCUCUUGGUUCAUGGUAUUCUGAUGUUCCUGCUACGCGGCGAUGUCUGUGUCAAUGACAGAUUUUACCUGUAGGCCUAGUCCUACACUUUGCACUUCAAAGUAAAUCUCAGCUCUGUUAAAAAUACACUGAAGAAAAAUGAUUAUAUUUAUCAUAGUGCUUCAGGAGGAACAUUAAAACAGAAUAAUGUGCCCCACCAACAUUAGACAACUAUACCAAAAAAACAAACUUAAAUAGCUGAAAUAAGUAAAUGAAAUCAAUGAGAGAAUAGUCAGAUUAACUCAUAACUAAAAUAGCACUACAGAUGGCACUCUUUUGCUAAGUGCAGACAUGUACUAUAGGUAGCGAAUGUGUAGGGGACUUCUGAAAUUCCACUGACUUUGUGGUGCAUCAGAAAUAUCAGCAUACCCCAACUCCCAGGUGCGGUCAUGGCAGUACUAGGUGAUCAUGUCACAUAUUGUCAUUGAUUAAAGAUUUUUACACUAGUUUAGCUGAACAGCAUACCACGUGACAAACUGGGAACUAGACAAAACCUCCAGGGCACCAUGACCCAAUGUCUCAAGAAUGUUCAGGGGACCUUCUGGGAACGUCCUAAAAACAUUAAAAAGGUCCCCCAAAGAACAUUCCCUUGGGACCAUCACGCAACGUCCUAUGGACUAGUAAAAUUAAAGUCAUAAAAAGGUCCUCAGUGACGUCCUGGGAACAUACAUGGAACUAGACAAAUGUCCCUCAGAGAACGUUCCCUUGGGACCAUCACGCAAUGUUCAAAGAAUGUUAUCAAAACCUCAUUGGGAUAACGACGCACAGAAACCCUUAAGGGACCUAAUGGGAACAUCGCUGAAUGUCCUCAGGACGUCCCCUGUUUGCUGGGUGGUAGUCUCCAACCAUGAAUAAGUUAACAGGAUACUGAAAACCUCUCCCAUACAAUAGAGUAGACCCUGUUGAGUUAUAAUCGAUGCGGACCACUAUCCGAUCUAAUGGACUGCAAUUUAAAAUGAAAAGACAGUUAUAGGAUGUGUACCAAAUGGCAUACAAUUCCCUACAUAGUGCAUUACUUUUGGCCAGAGCCCUAUGGGCCCUGAUCAAAAGUAGUGCACGAUGUAGGGAAUAGGGUGUUAUUUGGAAUAAAGACAUACAGUUGAAGUCGGAAGUUUACAUACACCUUAGCCAAAUACAUUUAAACUCAGUUUUUCACAAUUUCUGACAUUUAAUCCUAGUAAAAAUUCCCUGUCUUAGGUCAGUUAGGAUCACCACUUCAUUUUAAGAAUGUGAAAUGUCAGAAUAAUAGUAGAGAGAAUGAUUUAUUUCAGCUUUUUCUUUCUUUCAUCACAUUCCCAGUGGGUCAGACGUUUACAUACACUCAAUUAGUAUUUGGUAGCAUUGCCUUUAAAUUGUUUAACUUCGGUCAAAUGUUUCGGGUAGCCUUCCACAAGCUUCCCACAAUAAGUCGGGUGAAUUUUGACCCAUUCCUCCUGACAGAGCUGGUGUAACUGAGUCAGGUUUGUAGGCCUCCUUGCUUUUUCAGUUCUGCCAACACAUUUUCUAUAGGAUUGAGGUCAGGGCUUUGUGAUGGCCACUCCAAUACCUUGACUUUGCUGUCCUUAAGCCAUUUUGCCACAACUUUGGAAGUUUGCUUGGGGUCAUUGUCCAUUUGGAAGACCCAUUUGCGACCAAGCUUUAACUUCCUGACUGAUGUCUUGAGAUGUUGCUUCAAUAUAUCCACAUAAUUUUCCUUCCUCAUGAUGCCAUCUAUUUUGUGAAGUGCACCAGUCCCUCCUGCAGCAAAGCACCCCCACAGCAUGAUGCUGUCACCCCCGUGCUUCACGGUUGGGAUGGUGUUCUUUGGCUUGCAAGCUCCCUCUUUUUCCUCCAAAAAUAACGAUGGUCAUUAUGGUCAAACAGUUCUAUUUUAGUUUCAUCAGACCAGAGGACAUUUCUCCAAAAAGUAUGAUCUUUGUCCCCAUGUGCAGUUGCAAACCGUAGUCUGGCUUUUUUAUGGCGAUUUUGGAGCAGUGGCUUCUUCUUUGCUGAGCGGCCUUUCAGGUUAUGUCGAUAUAGGACUCGUUUUACUGUGGAUAUGGAUACUUUUGUACCUGUUUCCUCCAGCAUCUUCACAAGGUCCUUUGCUGUUGUUCUGGGAUUGAUUUGCACUUUUUGUACCAAAGUACGUUCAUCUCUAAGAGACAGAACGCGUCUCCUUCCUGAGCUGUAUGACGGCUGCGUGGUCCCAGGGUGUUUAUACUUCCGUACUAUUGUUUGUACAGAUGAAUUUGGUACCUUCAGACGUUUGGAAAUUGCUCCCAAUGAUGAACCAGACUUGUGAAGGUCUACAAUUUAUUUUCUGAGGUCUUUGCUGGUUUCUUUUGAUUUUCCCAUGAUGUCAAGCAAAGAGGCACUGAGUUUGAAGGUAUGCCUUGAAAUACAUCCACAGGUUCACCUCCAAUUGACUCAAAUGAUGUUAAUUAGCCUAUCAGAAGCUUCUAAAGCCAUGACAUCAUUUUCUGGAAUUUUCCAAGCUGUUUAAAGGCACAGUCAACUUAGUGUAUGUAAACCUCUGACCCACUGGAAUUGUGAUACAGUGAAUUAUAAGUUCAAUAAUCUGUCUGUAAACAAUUGUUGGAAAAAUGACUUGUGUCUUGCACAAAGUAGAUGUCCUAACCGACUUGCCAAAUCUAUAGUUUGUUAACAAGAAAUUUGUGGAGUGGCUGAAAAAAAAAAACGAGUUUUAAUGACUCCAACCUAAGUGUAUGUAAACUUCCGAUUUCAACUGUAGUUACACGACAGGCUCCUGCAUUGAGUCUUUUUAUACAGUACUUCUAUGUGAGUUAUCAGUGAACCCCAUUCUUCAGUUUUACGCUUGACAUAGGUAGCUAAGACUACUUUCAAAUCAUUCACAUUAUUCCCAUAAAGUAAAUUAUCCAGUGUUGAAUCAGUUAAGUGCUGUUAUGCUUAUUGUACUGUAUAUCGAGGGUUCCCUUCACUCCUGCAUCUUCAACGAGUGUUUGAGAUAGUCCUUCUAAGAAGCAGUGAUGUUGCCUGGAAUAGCCUUCGAUCAUUUAGAAAUCCGGCAGGCAGGCAGGCAAGGCAUACAUGCCUUAGGCCAUAUUUUCCUCAUUAGGUAGCAUGGUCCCUUUGGGGUUCUCCAGGAAUGGAAUGGCCCUCCACUCUCCUUGAAUAAGCUGCCUCUCCUAGAUGGUUCUAGGAACUGUUGUAUAGGGGCCAUCCUCUGCCUAGUGCCUCUGCUUCUACCUCUCUCUGCCUUUCUGUGUCUAUGCCUCUAUUCUCUCCCUGUCUCUACCUCCAUUCCUCUGCCUGUAUUCUCUCUCUUUCUCUACCUCUAUCCAUCUGUCUCUGUCAACCUUUACCGCAAGCAUAUGCCUUCCCCUACAGUCCACCUCUUUCACAUACCUUCCCAUAUUGUCCACCUCUAUCAUCUACAGUUGAAGCUGUAGCUCCUGAAGCUGUAGCUCCUGAGUGGCGCAGUGGUCUAAGGCACUGCAUCGCAGUGCUAACUGUGCCACUAGAGAUCCUGGUUCGAAUCCAGGCUCUGUCGCAGCCGGCCGCGACCGGGAGACUCAUGGGCGGCGCACAAUUGGCCCAGCGUCGUCUAGGGGAGGGAAUGGCCGGCAGGGAUGUAGCUCAGUUGAUAGAGCAUGGCGUUUGCAACGCCAGGGUUGUGGGUUCGAUUCCCACGGGGGGCCAGUAUAAAAAAAUAAAUAUGUAAUCACUAACUGUAAGUCGCUCUGGAUAAGAGCGUCUGCUAAAUGACUAAAAUGUAAAUGUAAAUGAAGUCGGAAGUUCACAUACAUCUAAGCCAAAUACAUUUAAACUCAGUUUUCACAAUUCCUGACAUUUAAUCCUAGUAAAAAUUCCCUGUCUUAGGUCAGUUAGGAUCACCACUUUAUUUUAAGAAUGUGAAAUAUCAGAAUAAUAGUAGAGAGAAUGAUUUAUUUCAGCUUUUAUUUAUUUCAUCACAUUCACAGUGGGUCAGAAGUUUACAUACACUCAAUUAGUAUUUGGUAGCAUUGCCUUUCAAUUGUUUAAUUUGGGUCAAACGUUUCGGGUAGCCUUCCACAAGCUUCCCACAAUAAGUUGGGUGAAUUUUGGCCCAUUCCUCCAGACAGAGCUGGUGCAACUGAGUCAGGUUUGUAGGCCUCCUUGCUCGCACACGCUUUUUCAGUUCUGCCCACAAAUGUUCUAUAGGGUUGAGGUCAGGGCUUUGUGAUGGCCACUCCAAUACCUUGACUUUGUUGUCCUUAAGCCAUUUUGCCACAACUUUGGAAGUAUGCUUGGGGUUAUUGUCCAUUUGGAAGACCCAUUUGCGACCAAGCUUUAACUUCCUGACUGAUGUCUUGAGAUGUUGCUUCAAUAUAUCCACAUAAUUUUCCUUCCUCAUGAUGCCAUCUAUUUUGUGAAGUGCACCAGUCCCUCCUGCAGCAAAGCACCCCCACAGCAUGAUGCUGCCACCCCUGUGCUUCACGGUUGGGAUGGUGUUCUUCCGCUUGCAAGAAUCCCCCUUUUUCUUCCAAACAUAUAAUAAUAAUAAUAUGCCAUUUAGCAGACGCUUUUAACCAAAGCGACUUACAGUCAUGCGUGCAUACAUUUUUUUUGUGUAUGGGUGGUCCCGGGGAUCGAACCCACUACCUUGGCGUUACAAGCGCCGUGCUCUACCAGCUGAGCUACAGAGGACCACGAUUGGUCAUUAUGGCCAAACAGUUCUAUUUUUGUUUCAUCAGACCAGAAGACAUUUCUCCAAAAAGUACGAUCUUUGUCCCCAUGUGCAGUUGCAAACAGUAGUCUGGCAUUUUAAUGGCGGUUUUGGAGCAGUGGCUUCUUCCUUGCUGAGCGGCCUUUCAGGUUAUGUCGAUAUAGGACUCGUUUUACUGUGGAUAUAAAUACUUUUGUACCUGUUUCCUCCAGCAUCUUCACAAGGUCUUUUGCUGUUGUUCUGGGAUUGAUUUGCACUUUUCACACCAAAGUAUGUUCAUCUCUAAGAGACAGAACGCGUCUCCUUCCUGAGCGGUAUGACGGCUGCGUGGUCCCAUGGCGUUUAUACUUGGGUACUAUUGUUUAUACAGAUGAACGUGGUACCUUCAGUUGUUUGGAAAUUGCUCCCAAUGAUGAACCAGACCUUUGGAGGUCUACAAUUUUUUUUUUUGAUUUCUUUUGAUUUUCCCAUGAUGUCAAGCAAAGAGGCACUGAGUUUGAAGGUACCCUUGAAAUACAUCCACAGGUACACCUCCAAUUGACUCAAGAAGCUUCUAAAGCCAUGACAUCAUUUUAUGAAAUUUUCGAAGCUUUUUAAAGGCACAGUCAACUUAGUGUAUGUAAACUUCUGACCCACUGGAAUUAUGAUACAGUGAAUUAUAAGUGAAAUAAUCUGUCUGUAAACAAUUGUUGGAAAAAUGACUUGUGUCUUGCACAAAGUAGAUGUCCUAACCGACUUGCCAUAACUAUAGUUUGUUAAAAAUAAAUUUGUGAAGUGGUUGAAAAACGAGUUUUAAUGACUCCAACCUAAGUGUUUGUCAACUUCCGACUGUACCUACCCAUAUAGUCCACCUCUAUCAUCUACCUUCCCCUAUAGUCCAUCUAUAUCAUCUACCUUGCCCUAUAGUCCACCUCUAUAAUCUACCUUCCCCUAUAGUCCAUCUAUAUCAUCUACCUACGCCAAUAGUCCACCUCUAUCAUCUACCAUGCCCUAUAGUCCACCUCUAUCAUCUACCUUGCCCUAUAGUCCACCUCUAACAUCUACCUUGCUCUAUAUUCCACCUCUAUCAUCUGUCUUGCCCUAUAGUCUAUCUCUAUCAUAUACCUUCCUGUAUAGUCCACCUCUAUUAUAUUCCUUCCCUUAUAGUCCACCUCUAUAAUCUACCUACCUCAAUAGUCCACCUCUAUUAUCUACCUUGCCUUAUAGUCCACUUCUUUAAUCUACUUCCCCCUAAAGUCCACCUCUAUCAUCUACCUUACCCUAUAGUCCACCUCUAUCAUCUACCUUCCCCUAUAGUCCAGCUCUAUCAUAUACCUUCCCCUAAUGUCCAACUCCAUCAUCUACCUUCCCAUACAGUCCACCUCUAUCUUCUACCUUGCCCUACAGUCAACCGCUAUCAUCUACCUUCCCCUGUAGUCCACCUCUAUCAUCUACCUUCCCCUAAUGUCCACCUCUAUCAUCUACCUUGCACUAGAGUAUGCCUUAUCAUCUACCUUCCCCUACAGUCCACCUCUAUGAUCUACCUUCCCCUAAUGUCCACCUCUAUCAUCUGCCUUCCCCUACAGUCCACCUCUGUCAUCUACCUUCCCCUAUAGUCCACCUCUAUCAUCUACCUUCCCCAACAGUCCACCUCUAUCAUCUAUUUUGCCCUAUAGUCCACCUCUGUCAUCUUCCUUCCCCUACAGUCCAUCUCUAUUCUCUACCUUGCCCUAUAGUCCACCUCUAUCAUCUACCUUGCCCUAUAGUCCACUUCUUUCAUCUACCUUGCUCUACAGUAAAUCUCUAUCAUCUACCUUCCCCUGUAGUCCACCUCUAUCACCUACCUUCCCCUAUAGUCCACCUCUAUCAUCUACCUUGCCCUAUAGUCCACCUCUAUCAUCUACCAUGCCCUAUAGCCCACCUCUAUCAUUUAUCUUGAGCUAUAGUCCGCCUCUAUCAUCUACCUUCCCCUAGAGUCCACCUCUAUGAUCUACCUUCCCCUAUAGUCCAGCUCUAUCAUCUACAUUUACAUUACAUUUUAGUCAUUUAGCAGACACUCUUAUGAGUGAGUGCAUACAUUAUUUUUUUAUUUUUCAUACUGGCCCCACCGUGGGAAUCAAACACACAACCCUGGCGUUGCAAACACCAAGCUCUACCAACUGAGCUACAUCCCUGCCGGCCAUUCCCUCCCCUACCUUGGACAACGCUGGGCCAAUUGUGCGCCGCCCCAUCUUCCUUCCCCUACAGUCCACCACUAUCACCUACCUUGCACUAUGUCCACCUCUAUGAUCUACCUUCGUCUAUAUUCCAGCUCUAUCAUCUACCUUCCCCUAAUGUCCACCUCUAACAUCUGCCUUCCCCUACAGUCCACCUCUAUCAUCUGCAUUCCCCUAUAGUCCACCUCUAUCAUAUACCUUCCAGUAUAGUCCAUCUCUAUUCUAUUCCUUCCCCUAUACUCCACCUCUAUCAUCUACCUUACCUUAUAGUCCACUUCUAAAAUCUACUUUCCCCUAUAGUCCACCUCUUUCAUCUUUCUUACCCUACAGUCCACCUCUAUCAUAUACCUUGCCCUAUAGUCCACCUCUAUCAUCUCCAUUCCCCUACAGUCCACCUCUAUGAUCUACCUUCCCCUAUAGUCCAGCUCUAUCAUAAACCUUCCCCUAAUGUCCAACUCCAUCAUCUACCCUACCCUAUAGUCCACCGCUAUCAUCUACCUUGCCCUAUAGUCCACCUCUAUCAUCUACCUUGCCCUAUAGUCCGCCUCUAUCAUCUACCUUCCCCUAAUGUCCACCUCUAUGAUCUACCUUCCCCUAUAGUCCAGCUCUAUCAUAUACCUUCCCCUAAUGUCCAACUCCAUCAUCUACCUUCCCCUUUAGUCGACAUCUAUCAUCUACCUUGCCCUAUAGUCCACCUCUAUCAUCUACCUUGACCUAUAGUACACCUCUAUCAUCUGCCUUCCCCUAUAGUCAACUUCUAUCAUCUACCUUCCCCUAUAGUCCAGCUCUAUCAUAUACCUUCCCCUAAUGUCCAACUCCAUCAUCUACCUUGCCCUAUAGUCCACCUCUAUCAUCCUACCUCCCUCUUACCCAAGUCCACCUCUAUCAUCUACCUUCCCCUAGAGUCCACCUCUAUCAUCUACCUUCCCUAUAGUCCAACCCUCUAUCAUUACUUACCUAUUAGCCUUACAGACUUAUCCACCUUCCCGUAGAGUCACCUCUAUAUCUACUUUCUACUGGCCCACCUCUGAUCCACUACACUACCCCGUUGCAACACACAUGCUCUAUCCAACUGAGCUUACCCCUGCCUAGUCCAUUCAUCCUCCCUACCUUGACCACGCUGGCCAAUCAUUCCACCUUCCCCUAAGUCCACCUCUAUAUCUUAAAUCCCCUAUAGUCCACUCUCUACCUCCCUAAUGAUCACCUUCCCCUAUAUCCACCUCUAUCAUCUACCUUCCUUAUAGUCCACCUCUAUCAUCUACCUUCCCCUAUAGUACCACUCUAUCAUCUACCUCCCUAAGUCCACCUCUUCAUCUACCUUCCCUAUAGUAAACCCCUAUCAUGAAACCCUUUCCCCUUAAGUCCAAAUCCCAUCACUACCUUCCCCUAUAGUCCCCUCUAUCAUCUACCUCCCAUAGUCACCUCUUUACUACCUUGCCCUAUAGUCACCUCUAUCUCCCACCUUGCCCAUAGUCAACCUCUAUCAUCUACUCCCCUUAGUCCCCUAUCAUCACUUCCCUUGUAUCCACCUCUAAACAUCUACCUUCCCUAUAGUCCACCUCUAUAUCUACCUCCCCUAUAGUCCACCUCUAUUCAUUACGAAUUCCUAUAUCCCACCUCUAUCAUCUACCUUGCCCUAGUGUCCACUUAUUCAUACUUGCCCUACGUCCACUCUAUCAUCUAUCUCCUUCCAAAGUCCACCUCUAUCAUCUACCUUUCCCCUGAAAGUCCACCUCUAUCAUCUACCUUCCCUAAGUUCCACCCCUAUCACUACCUUCCUAGUCCCCCUCUAUCAUCUACAUUCCCUUUUAUCCCACCCCCUAUCAUCUACCCCCUAGCCAAACCCAUCAUUACCUCCCUGUUCCCCUACCUUGCACUUCCAAUGUCCACCUCUAUCAUCUAAACCUUGCCUUUUAAAUCCAUUUAAAAUCUACCUUUUCCCCUAUAGUCCACCUCUUCUUUUCUUUUACCCUACAGUACCUCUAUCAUUACCUUCCCCCAUAGUCCAACUCUAUCAUCUCCUUUCCCCUAAGUCCACCUCCCAUCAUUACCUCCCCUUAGUCCCCUCUAUCCCCCACCUUCCCCUAAAAGUCCACCUCUAUCAUCUACACCCCAAUGUCCACCUCUAUAUCUACCUUGCCCCAUAGUCCACCUCUAUCAUCUACUUGCCUAUAGUCCCGCCUCUAUAAACUAUUUCCCUAAUGUCCACCUCUAUUCACCUUCCCCCAUAGUCCAGCUCUAUCAUCUACCUUCCCUAAUUACAAUUUCAUCAUUACCGCCCUAGUCCACCUCUAUAUUACCUUCCCUGAGUCACCUUCAUACACUACCCCUUUAGUCACUCUUCAUCACUUUCCCUAUAGCCACCCCUAUCUCGCCCCAAUCCAACCUCAUCAUAUUCCCUAUAGUCCUUUCAUCAACCCCUUUCCCCCAAUCCACCCCUAUAUUACCUUCCCCUAAGUCCCCUCAUCACUACCUCCCUUUGUCCACCUUAAUAUCCUGCCCCUUUCCCUCUAUCACUUUCUUCCCUAUAGCCACCCUAACACCUGCCUUAAAACCCUAUGCUCUAACCCUCUAAUCUCCCUUUCCCCUACCACCCUAUCAUCUACCUUCCCCUAAGUCCACCUCUAUCAUCUACCUUCAUAUGUAUCAAUUCCCCACCUUAUCCCCUAUUGCAAUUCCCUAUAGUCACACCUUUAUUAUUCUAUCACCUAUCCCCGUAUCCCCCUCAUCAACCUGCUUUGUCCUUCAAAAUUACUUUCCCCUAUAGUCCACCUCUUUCAUUUCCCUUACCCUACAGUCCACCUCUAUCAUCUACCCUUUCCUAUAGUCCACCUCUAUAAUUCCAUUCCCUACAGUCCACCUCUAUGAUUACCUUCCCUAUAGUCCCACUCUAUCUAAACCUUCCCUAUGUCCAACCUCCACAUCUACCUUGCCUAUAGUCCCCCUAUCAUCUACCUUGCCCUAUAGUCCACCUCUAUCAUAUACCUUGCCAUAUAGUCCGCCUCUAUCAUCUACCUUCCCUAAUGUCCACCUCUAUGAUCUACCUUCCCCUAUAGUCCCAUCUCUAUUUCAUAAAACCUUCCCCCUAUGGUCACUCAUCAUCUACCCUCCCUAUAGUCCACCUCUUCACAUCUACCCUUCCCCUAUAGUCUACCUCUAUCCAUCUACCUUCCCCUUUAAGUCCACCAUCGAUCACCCACCUUGCCCUAUAGUUCCCCCCUAUAUCUACCUUACCAUAGUUCACCUCUAUCAUCCCCCUUCCCCUAUAGUCAAAUUUUAUCAUUACCUUCCCCUAUAGUCCAUCUAUCAUUACCUUCCCCUAAGUCCACUCCAUCAUCUACCUUUCCCAUAGUCCACCUCUAUAUCUACCUUUCCCCUAGUCCACCUCUUUUCAUCUCCUCCCUAUGUCACCUCUAUCAUCUACCCUUGCCCUAUAGCCCACCUUCUAUCAUUUAAAUUUACUAUAGUCCGCCUCUAUCAUACACCUUCCCAAAGUCCACCUCUAAUCUACCUUUCCCCCAUAGUCCACUCGAUCAUUACAUUUACUUACAUUUUAAGUCAUUUUAUAUUCCAAACCUCUUUAUCCAAGCCCAACUUACAUUUCCUUAAAUCAUAAUACUAAUUUUUUUAUUUUUCAUAUCUCCCCCCUAAUCAACCCACACAACCCUUGGCCUUCAAACCCUUUCCUACCAACUCUAUCCUCCGGCCCAUUCCCUCACCUACCUUGACAAAGUCCAUUUUACCUUCCCUACAGUCACCUCUAUCAUCUCCUUUUCCCCUUACUCCACCUCUAUCAUCUACCUACCCCAAUAGUCUACCUCUAUUAUCUACCUUGCCCUAUAGUCCACCUCUAUCAUCUACCUUGCCUUAUAGUCCACUUCUACAAUCUACUUUCCCCUAUAGUCCACCUCUUUCAUCUACCUUACCCUACUGUCCACCUCUACCAUCUACCAUGCCCUAGAGUCCAUCUCUAUCAUCUACCUUGUCCUAUAGUCCACCUCUAUCAACUCCAUUCCCCUAGAGUCCACCUCUAUGAUCUACCUUCCCCUAUAGUCCAGCUCUAUCAUAAACCUUCCCCUAAAGUCCAACUCCAUCAUCUACCUUGCCCUAUAUUCCACCGCUAUCAUAUACCUUGCCCUAUAGUCCACCUCUAUCAUCUACCUUCCCCUAGUGUCCACCUCUAUCAUUUACCUUCCCCUAUAGUCCACCUCUAUCAUUUACCUUCCUCUAUAGUCCACCUCUAUAAUCUACCUUCCCAUAGAGUCCACCUAUAUGAUCUACCUUCCCCUAUAGUCCAGCUCUAUCAUGUACAUUCCCCUGUAGUCCACCUCUAUCAUCUACCUUGCCCUAGAGUACACCUCUAUCAUCUGCCUUCCCAUAUAGUAAACUUCUAUCAUCUACCUUCCCCUAUACUCCACCUCUAUCAUCUACCUUCCCCUACAGUCCAUCUCUAUUCUAUACCUUGCCCUAUAGUCCACCUCCAUCAUCUACCUUCCCAUGUAGUCCACCUCUAUCAUCUACCUUGCCCUAUAGACCACCUCUAUCAUCUACCAUGCCCUAUAGCCCAUCUCUAUCAUUUACCUUAAGCUAUAGUCCACCUCUAUCAUCUACCUUGCCCUAUAGUCCAGCUCUAUAAACUACCUUUCCCUAUAGUCCACCUUUAUCAUCUAUCUUCCCCUGUAGUCCACCUCUAUCGUCUACCUUCCCCUAUAUUCCAGCUUUAUCAUCUACCUUCCCCUAAUGUCCAACUCCAUCAUCUGCUUUCCCCUAUAGUCCACCUCUAUCAUCUACCUACCCCAAUAGUUCACCUCUAUAAACUACCUUUCCCUAUAGUCCACCUCUAUCAUCUACCUUUCCCUAUAGACCACCUCUAUCAUCUACCUUCCCCUACAGUCCACCUCUAUGAACUACCUUCCCCUAUUGUCCAGCUCUAUCAUCUACCAUCCCUGUGAUGUCCAACUCCAUCAUAUACCUUUCCCUAUAGUCCACCUCUAUCAUCUGCUAUCCCCCACAGUCCACCUCUAUCAUCUACCUUCCCCUAUAGUCCACCUCUAUCAUAUACCUUCCCCUAUUGUCCAGCUUUAUCAUCUACCUUCCCGUAUAGUCCACCUCUAUCAUCUACCUUCCUCUUUAGUCAACCUCUAUCAUUUACCUUCCCCUACAGUCCACCUCUAUCAUCUACCUUCCCCUAUAGUCCACCUCUAUCAUCUACCUUCCCCUACAGUCCACCUCUAUCAUCUAUCUUCCCCUGUAGUCCACCUCUAUCAUCUACCUUCCCCUAUAUUCCAGCUUUAUCAUCUACCUUCCCCUAAUGUCCAACUCCAUCAUCUGCUUUCCCCUAUAGUUCACCUCUAUAAACUACCUUCCCCUAUAGCCACCUCUAUCAUCUACCUUGCCCUAUAGUCCACCAUUAUCAUCUACUGUCACAAUAAUUUUGUUAUCUCAAUGGUUGAAGUCAACUACUUCUUAAAUCUUUGAAUAAUUCCCAAAAGGUUGUAAAUCUCUUAGUUUGAAUAAAUUAAUCAAAGACCCAAUUCUGCAAUGGUCAGCAUGUUUAUUCAUUGAGAGCGCUCUGCAACAAAAUGGUCGUACAAUCUUUUUAUACGCACACGUCAGAGGAAAAAUCUCACCCCGCUCUAGGCAGGCUCUAUUUUUCCACUGUACGCAUCUUGUAAGCUCACACCUGGGUACUAUAGCUCCCAUACCUUCCCCUAUAGUCCAGCUCUAUCAUCUACCUUCUCGUAUAGUCCACCUCUAUCAUCUACCUUCCCCUAUAGUCCACCUCUAUCAUCUACCUUCCCCUACAGUCCACCUCUAUCACCUACCUUCCUCUAUAGUACACCUCUAUCAUAUGCCUUCCCCUAUAGUCCACCUCUAUCAUCUACCUUCCCCUAGAGUCCACCUCUAUCACCUACCUUCCUCUAUAGUCCACCUCUAUCAUAUGCCUUCCCCUAUAGUCCACCUCUAUCAUCUACCUUCCCCUAUAGUCCACCUCUAUCACCUACAUUGCCCUAUAGUCCACCUCUAUCAUCUACCUUGCCCUAUAGUCCACCUCUAUCAUCUACCUUGCCCUAUAGUCCACCUCUAUCAUCUACCUUGCCCUAUAGUCCACCUCUAUCAUCUAUCUUCCCCUAUAGCCCACCUCUAUUAA